AUGGUCUGCCUCGCUGUGCAUCCUCACCCGCAACUGCCUGGCUCGACACCAGCAACCACGCGCCACCACCGCUGCAAAAUCGCCCCAGGCCCCGCUCGAGCACGCUCCGCACAGCACCCACGGGCGCCGCCGCUCGCAUCAGCCCAGGCCAAACCACCGCGCCGCCCCGAGCCAAAUCGCCCGCACCUGCCACCCACGACCAGCGCGCGCGCCCACCUCCUGCUCGAGCGCUCCAUCACACGCGCGCCAACCACUGCCCCACGCCAAGCUCGCAGCGCCAGGCUCCAACGCGCGCCUCCGAUCGCCGCUCGACCCCGCCCGGCUCCACCUGCCGCUCGCCCCGCGCCAAUUGCCGCCCAGCUCGCUCCACCACGCACCACCGCGCGCACGCAAAGCCACCAGCAGCUCCGCUCGCCGUGGCCCCUGGCACCUGCCCCGAUCGGGCCUAGCCCCACCUCGCAGCAAGCCCACUCCCGCCGCCGCGCCCAGGCCACAGCAGGCCAAAGCUCCCCCACGCGUCUUCACCUUGACCUCACUCCUUCCGCUCCUCCUGCCCACGCACGCGCAUCCAAGUGCAAUCGCUGA